CAGCGACAAGGCGCAGAUCGGAGAGGUCCGACAGGCUAUCGAAGCCGCCGUGAGGACAAGAAAAAAGGAUGAGAGAUGGAGAGGCGCAGCGGUGAUUAGAGGGGCUAGGAACGCCAACAUCAUCAAGGUAAUUUGUAGAGACGAGGCGGAAUUGCACAUGGUCCGAGAAGCGGCAUUAGUGGCAAACAUGCGGGGGGCAAAGAUCCUUAGAGCGCGGCUGUACCUGGUCAAGAUCAAGGGGGCCAAUCGGUCGGCCGUUUGGAUGCCACACAGACAUGAAAACAUACAAGAUAUACUAACAAACCAAACGAUAUAAUACAGCAAGAACUAAUAUAGUACAACCUCUGGUAGACAUACCAGGCUUCAGCCGCUGAGGAUGGGACGCUGAACACUUGGAG